AUGAGCACUCGAAUCUUAUACUUUAUUGCCCUGAUGGCAACCAUUGCCUUUGCUCAGGACUGCUCAUUGAUUGUUCCUCCAAAUGCUCUUACAAAUUUAGCAUCUGUAUAUCAGCUGACUGGUCCAGGUUGCAUCCAAACGGAUUUCGUAAACACGGGUGCCUUCGUGGAAGCCGUGAUAUAUGACCCAAACAAUGCAGCUAGACCUCUUCAAGUUUACAAUCCCUUGGUAGUUACCCAGGGCACCACUCCUCUGCUUCCACCUGUACCAGUCACAAUCCCAGCUGGUGCCGUCGUUGGUAUUUGGUUUGGAUUCAAUGGAAAUACCUUGACACUGAUCGACGCAAACAGUGGUGCAGAUUUGGCUGCAGCAAACUGUGUGAUGGGUCUCAGCACUGGUGAUAUUUUCGGACAAUUUUCUGCUUGCAAUGGUGCAGCGUUCUUUGCUGCAACUCUAGGCAAAGGUUUAGCUCCACCUCUUUCAACCAUCCAAGCUGGUCCUUUCGCCGGCCAACCAUGUCCCACAACACGCUCUUUCAUGGUCGUCGAUCAAGAUCAGUCAGACAAUGUCGUCACCACCUACAUCUCCGUUGGUAAUCAGACUGCUCAAGACACCCCUGCAAAUCGAGCUUCAACAAAUGCUACCGUUGAAACAAACGCCAGUGAUAAUGGAUUGUUGACUCGAAAGAUCGAUCCCGCACUUGGUUGUUCGGCAUUCAAGGUGUAUGAUUUGGCAGCUAAUGAUGGAAGUCUUCGUGGUGCACUUGCCCUUGACGAGCUGCAAGCAACUUUUCAAUCCGCUCCUAUCGCAUUGAUCCCACUGGGUGAUCCAAUGACUUUGUCCAAUGACGGACCUUCUUUAGACAAGACCAACUUGUACCGCAAGAAUGUUGGCCAACCACUGGCUGCCACCGCUGCUGACGCUGAUACUACCGCAUACUGUACAAACCUGAACAACAUUCAGCCAAACUUCCUGAUGGCUUACAGAACAAUCUUUUUGGGUGUCUCAUCUCCUGUUGCCGCUGUUUCUCCGACUCUCUUUGGAUUUGUAACAGCUCGAUACGCAGCUACAUGGGAAAUCUUAACCUGCCAAGCUCUCACUGGAAUCCCAAAUCCAAUAACUUUGAUCUUCGAUGCCAAUGGACUUGUCAUUGAUGCAACUAUCGCCGAGACUACCACUACCACAGUUCCAGUCAAGAUUGUUGACCCAGCAACAACGUUAGGAGCCAUUCAACCAACCACUGCCGUCAUCGCGACUACUACACCAAGUGUCAUGGCAUCAACUACAGUAAUCGCAUCAGUUGCACCAAGUGCUGCACCCUCAGCUGCAGCCAGCCAAACAGCAAUCGCAAGCCCUCAAGCGUCAAUCAAGCCAUCAGCAAUCGUUUCAACAAAGACGACAACCACACAUGCACCAUCACCAGUUAGAAGCAUGCGUCCUCGACGAAGCCAUCGCCCCUGGGCAACACAUAGUAUGCAUGCUAGACACUCCCACAGUCUCCACGUACAUCCUACCCACAGUGUCCACGUGCUUCCUUCUCCAUCAAUCCGUGUACCAAGUAUUCGUAUGCCAUCUCCUAAACCAUCUCACGCUCACGGAUAUGGCGAUAACUAG